CAUGUUUUACCAAUAAAAUAUUCAAGAAUAGCUCAACGUUUCGUAAAGAUCUCAGCAAUUUCGUUCUACUACAAUUUGUUUGCGUUUUUGUUGUUCAGCUGUCAACCGAUGCAUUCAAAGGGCUCACUUCUCGUUCAAUUAAGGUUUCGGUAUUUUUUCGAUAUAAUUCCUUGCACCGGUAAAGUAGGCGUAGAGUUUGAUUUAACCAGUAUUUUUCACCCGUAUUGUUCCGAUUACCUUGAAUUUCGUGCAAUGAAUGCUGAAUCAAUGCAAACGAAGCAAACCAAUAGUGUUUAUUUGUGCUGUACAGUUAUUAGUGUUAUUUUGAGCAUAUAUUUCUAUACUUCUUACCAAUGCAAUCAGAAUUCACAGCAUAUUCUAGAUAUUCAAAAGAAUCUUGGCGCAUUAACGAAACAUGUGGUGCGGUCGUACGGUGUGGCUAUGGAAAAUGACGAAACAAGUUCAAGUUCAACCCAGUUAUCCAGUCGAGACUUUCGCGAACAGAUUGUUUUCGAGAUCCAGGAAACUCGUAAAUCAAUAGAAUUACUUUUAGAUCGGGUUGAUUAUUUGGAAAAAAUCAAUUACGAUAAGUUCGGACAGACCGAUUAUGCAGCGGCAGCUUGGGGUGGGAAAGUAAUUAGCGUUGAAUCGACUCAGGAAGGAUGGUUUACAUGGUUUCUGGAACGUGGACUAAAAAUUGGAAGGACCAAAUUAGCAAACAGUAAUUGUUGCAUUAUUGAAAAUGAAUGCGCUGGCAAAUGUCGAGCUUUCUAUGGUUCAUCCGGCGCAAUUAUCAUAAUGCUUAUGGGUCCAAUUUUUGUAGAAGCUGUCGCAUUUGAACAUCCUCCCAAAAACAUAUUACCCAAUCUGUCAAUACAAAGCGCAGUAAGAAAGUUCUCCAUCUGGGGCCUUUCGUCCACUUCAUUAGAAAGCAAUAAUUUUUUCUUUGGAAAUUUCUCUUUCGAACCACAUAUGGAUUUUGUUCAGUUAUUUAAUCUUACGUUGAGAUCAUCAAAGCCAUAUCGAUUUGUCAGAUUAAACGUUGAAUCUAACCACGGAGCUGACUACACUUGUAUACACAGGUUCAGAGUUCAUGGAACGUUUUCAACUAAUUCACCAUAAUAUUAAAAUAGUGCGCACUUGUAUUCGAUUUACCCUGUCCUUGAUCGAAAACAUCGGUAACGUAGUUUACACUUUCGUCUUGCAGCAAGUGAAAC